UUUUUUUUAAUGUUAAAUUAUGAAUAUUUUAACACAAUUCAUUAUCAGGUUAAUGUCGUGGAUUUCAAUAAUUCGCGGUAAUUGAAACUCAUACUGUAACCUGUGAAAUCCUCUGUAGACAGCGACCUCUAACGAGCUGAAAAACAGGAAAAUGAAUGAAUGUGUUCGCGCCAUCGUGAAGUACGGAAACAUGCGAAUAUUUUACCAAAGAAUUUUUGAUUUUUGACAAAUGUGAUAGUUAAUUUAACCAUAGAACGACAGGAACAUCAAUGUAAUCGUAGGACAUUUCCUGAAAAUUUAUAAAAAUACCCAGUGAAGUCAAAACAAAUAUGGCGGACCCUGUGGCCAAUGUUAUUGAUAUGAAUGGUACGCAUGUUUUGGAUAGUGGUACCAUUAUAUCCACCCAGGACAUGGAUGGGUCUGUUGUAACCGGUGUUGAAGUAACAGAUGAGGAUAUUAUCCAGCAAGCAUUGGAUGAAGCGACGGGAACUUUCGUCCAAAGUGGCAUGGAGUAUGUGAAUGAGACGGAUCCAGAGGCGCGUGUUGAAGAGGAUCUCAUUGCUAGCGUGGUUACCUCUGAGACAUUCGCUACAACUGAUGGUGUGAAUGGUGACAGAGGUCAGUUAGUGACUGACGAUGCAUCGAAUACCGCGUUUGAUGGGACAACAAACGACAGCAUUAAUGAUCAACUGGUGGUGAAUGCUUUCAGUGAAAAUGUGGUGGAAAGCGAGGAAAACUAUUCAAGCACUGAAUACACAGUUGUGAAAAAUGAACCUGAUUUUGCGACAUCAACAAUGACCACAGCGACCCUUCCUGAGCAGGCCUUAACAACAGACAAUGCAGAUAUUUCUAGUAACCCCACAGCCAUCUCGGGCACUAUUCAAAAUAAUGUCUUGAAACUUGACUCUGCAUCAGGAAGAAUAAGUGUAACUCUAAUGCCUUCAAAUCAAGCCAGUGGAGCUCCACUCGGGUCUAGUCAAAACCCAAUUCGUAUCAUCCAACAAGGGAACCAAUACACACCCAUGCAGAAUUUGUCCACUGAGCAACUGCAGCAAAUAAUGCAAGUCGUUCAGCAACAACAGGUGACAAAGACAUCUGAGGAAGGAUCGAGUAUCCUCUUUAAUCCUCAAACAAACACAAGGAUUGUAUAUAGGGUAAUUUAUCCAUCUGAACUCCAUAAAAAUGCCCAGUCUUCAAGUAUAAAAGUUGGGGCAAAAAAACAAUCACAGGGGCAGCAAACACAAACUCUGAUUCUUGACAGCAGAGAUGGUCCAAGAAGGCAGUACAAGAAGAGAAUGAAAGAGGAUGAAGAAGACCGUGUUGAUGGGCCAGAUCUGUCUCGAGAGGAAAAGGAAGAGAGGAAGAAGCAUCGCCCUCGGACAAGGUCUGGAAGGAUUUCGAAACCUCCCAAACACAUGGUGAAAGACUACAAGCACAUUCACGUGUUGGACUUUGAAGAAGAGGAGGCAGCUGAUGAUUCAGAUGGUGGUUACUCAGAUUAUAAAUACAGUGAGGGGGAGGAAGACGACAAUGACCACAUGAUCGAUGAACAGGAUGAGAACAGCAUGGACAUGGGCAUGGCGACUUUAGGAAAACCUAAGCGGUUUCGGUGCUCAGUUUGCAAAAAAGCCUAUAUAGGACAGGGGAGUUUAGAGAGACACUACCGCUUGAAUCCAGAUCACAUCCCAGAUGGUCAACAGAUAUCGGCACAAGGAGCUGGUCAGCUUGGAAGUGUAUCCCACAAUGGAUUCAACAGUGCUGGUAACAUGUCUGAGGACAGCAAUACACAGGACUCCACCUCUAGCACCCCUCCCAGGCCCUUAUCUACCAGGGGCUAUUACCAGAGGCGGGGAGGGAGCAGAGGCAGACCACCGGGGCCAAACUCGGCGUUCAGACGACGGUCCAAACUCAAAGAGAUGAUAUCCAGCUGUUCAGAUGAGGAUCUGAUUGACUUAGUUUUACCUCGAAUUGCCAAAGUUUUUACCCUGUGGGACUUCCUUCUUCUCAAAGUGCAGAAAGGUGUCCCUCGGAGACCCCAUGCUGAUGUCAUUUACAAUGAGUUCAAAACACUGGCUAAGGAAGUGAAGGAAGUUUGUAACACAUUCAUGCAACCUGGCACAGAAAAGAGCAUCAACACUGUUAAAGUUGAUGAUGAGAAAUUGGCAGGUGCCCUAGGUUUGGAGGUGGGUACAUAUGAGAUUAAAGAAAUGCCUGCAACUCAGGAACCAGUGACAUUCCCUGAUAAUGCUGCUGUGACACUCAACUCUGUGAACACCCCAGUGAAACGCAAUUUGAACACAGUGAUAAAAGAUGAAAUUUCUUCUCCAGCAAAGAAAUUCAAACCAACUGGAAUGUUCAGUGCUUCUUCAUCUACAUCUUCAUUAUCAUCUCAAAAUUCCACAAACAGCAACACUUUCUCCAUUGUUAAUCCAAGUUCUGCCACCACAACCACUAAAAAGAUAACCAUCUCCACUAGUGAUGCCGCAAUAAAUAGCCUUGGAAGAUCUUCCAACCAACCACCCAUAGUCAUUCAUCCAAUAUCUCCCUCCACAAUGAGCAAGGCUGUGGCUAAGGUCAAGUCCCAAGGCACUGCUGCGUUGUCAUCUACGUUAAACUCUCAGAAACUCAUAAUUUCUCAGUCCCAGCCGUCCGCUCCCAUCAUUGUACAGUCAGCAUCUGCUCGAAGUCGAAGUCAACCAACUAUUGCAAGUGGGUCUCCCGUAGUGGUUCAAAAUGUGCCACAGCAGGUAAUCACUGGAGGGGUCAGCCUCCUGAACAAAGUGAACAAAGCCCCUACAGUGUCCCCAGCAGGAGAGACUAAGAUUGUGAGAAUUGUGUCACCAGAGGGACUAAUCAUCAGUGAAACACCGAUCAGUACACCUCAUACAGCCACCGUUAGUCAAGUAAGUGAAGGCACUGUGGUGACUGUCAGUCCGUCGGCUGUCAUUCAAGACAACGUUGUGGGAAAUUUCACAGUUGCCCAAUCAGAAUCUGUGACACUGCAAACAUCCAGCAAUGCAUUAUCCUCACUGCCAUCUUCCAGUGCUCAUAUGACCAACAAUGGUGAAGAAAGUUUUGUGACAACAGAUUUUAUUGGCUCAGCACCUGAUGGAUCUGAAAAUUUAAUUACUGCUGAAGUUAUAAAUGUGGAUGGAACUUCACAGAUUAUAAGUGAAGUAGAAGGAACCAUGGAUGGGGAGUCACAUACCCAGGAGGAAAUGGUCCAGUUGGUGGACGAGUCGGCACUGGAUGGGACAGGGCUUCAGACAAACCAAAUAAUCACAGCAUCCAACAUCUACCAGACACCUGAUGGCUUUAUCAUCAUUCAGAAUGAAGAUGGAAGUACGGUACAACUCCAGGGUGGGGAUGGUGAGCCAAUUCCUCUGGAAACUGUGCAAGCCCUUCUGGCAAUGGAUGCAGAUGGUCAAACCAUCCUACAGACAACAGAAUCAGAACUUGUCCAGUGAUGAGUUUCAGUGUUGGAUGAAAGGCUGUAUUUCUCAGGAAGGAUUUACUAAGUGUUCAGAUAAUAAUUAAGUUAACUAACUCAUAAAAAAGUAUUAAAAAGAAAGAGAGAAAAAAAAAAACCAUUAAAAUUUUGAAUUUGCCAAGUGUUCAGACAUUAAGUUAAAUUAACUUACUUAUGAAAAUUGUAACAAGUAAGCUUCUUUAGAUUACUAUUUGACUUUUGAAAUUUUGUAGAAUCUGAAUUUUGUAGAUGUAUUAAGUAAUAAGAAAAAAACAAGUAUGUACAUCCAAAAGUAUGUGUCUAUGAAAUACAAUGUCAAGGGAGGAAGAUGAGACAUAACAAGAUUCACAAAAUAUAUUUGUUGUAUUGAAAAGACAUGUUCUAGUUUCUGAAAACUUAUGGCUGCAUUCUAAAUAUUUUGGUAUGAUUCAUGUUGAUAAACAUCUUUGCUUUGAUGUACUGAAAUCCACCGAAAUUUAAUAUUCUUUAUAUAAAUACUGUACCUGAAAGAAAUUGUGCAACCUAAAAUCAUGACAUGUUCUUGAAAGUUUGAGUGUAAAAUAUUUUAGUUAGAACAGGUAACAAACAUCACUUGUUUUGGGAGAAGGGUAUAAUAAUAUGUGAGGUACAUGUAUUGCCAAAUAUUGUGUGAAUGGGCAAUGUGCCACACUGGGGACCAGAUGGCAACAUUGAGUUACACUCUUGGUUUGAAUCCUACUUUUAUGAUAUACAUGUACUUUGCAAUGCUUUUAGACGUUUGUAUUGACUGAUUCAUAGUAUUUUGUUAGACGUUAUUGAUAGUUCGAUUGAUUUAAAUUUUAAUUUAUCUAAAAAUGUAUAGAUAAAAUUUUAAAAUUUAGUCUAGCAUGUGUUACAAAAUUACUGGUAGAUACAAUGCACCAUGUUUUGACAUUGUACAAAAAACUUCUAUGAACAAAAUUAUUCCAGUAACUGGAAAGAAAGUAUGCAUGAUCAGUAUGUAUUUUAAAUAGAAAUAUAAUCAUAUGAUGUCAUGUACUAAAACGUGGAUUUGUAUAUCGACCAGUUGGGGUCUAUUUAUCAUCCACUAACCCUAUCAUGUGCAGCUACGUAAUGCUUUAUUUAUAAGUCUUGGACAGCAGUGUCACCUGUAUGACAAGUGUAUUGAUGUUGAUAAGAAGAGGACAAUAAAUACAUCACUUUA